UAUAAUAUAAUUUUUAGGUUAAAUUGUUGGUUUGCGUUUGCAAUUUUAACCGGCAAAUAGUUUGCAAUAAAUAAUAUAUCAUGAAAUCUAUGUUAAGAGUUGUUUUAUCAAGAAAUGUGUCAUUUUCACGUAUUAACAUUAUUCGAUUCGCGUCGAACGAUGCCAAAAAAAAAGAGCAGGAACCACAAAAAGUUGAAGAAAUUGUUAAAAAUAUUACUAUUGAGAAAUAUGGCGGCAUCACCACACUAAACAUAGAUCGCCAGAAGUCCAGGAACAGUCUGGAUGAAGCCACACUACAUGAAAUGACAGCUGCAAUAAAUGCUUUCGAUAAAGACCCAGAGUCCAAGGUUCUUGUAUUCAAUGGAGAAGGUGGCACAUUCAGCUCUGGUUUUGACCUUGAUGAGAUGGGAACCAAAGGUUACAAUAUUCUUCGAGAUGCAGCUUCCCGACUUCUCAGACGACCUCUAUGUGAUAAGCCUACUAUAGCAGCGGUAACAGGCUAUGCUGUAGCUGAAGGAUUUGAAUUAGCAUUAGCUUGUGAUCUACGUAUCAUUGAGGAUACUGCAGUAGUUGGUUGUCUCGGCAGAAGAUUUGGGGUGCCACAAAGUUUAUAUGGAGCUAGACGUCUGACAAGUCUGAUAGGGCUGUCGCGUGCACUAGACUUGUUGAUGACAGGUCGCCUGAUAACUGGCACCGAAGCACAUACAAUGGGACUGGCUUGUAAACUUACUUCUACUGGAACUGCACUUGGUGAAGCAGUUAAAUUAGCUAAAUCUCUGGUCAAGUUCCCACAAAAUGCAUUAAUAAUGGACAAGUUAGCUGCCGUAAAUUCCCAAUUGAACCCCAACAGUGAAGAGAGCAUGAGAGAAGAGGCAAUCAUCGCCAGCCUACUCGGAGGUGCUAUACAAGAUAUGGAUGAGGGAGUCAAGAAAUUCCAAAAAGGUAUUGGUAAACAUGGCAAGUUUUACAAGCUAACGGAAGUGCCUUUAAAGGAUUGGGAGCUCGAGGAAACAUAUGAAGAAGUAACGGUACAAACUGAUAAAGGGGAAAAGAAACCUUAAUAUUAUUAUUAUGUUAGUUUUCAUAUGUAAAUUGUUUGUAAUAUAAUAUUUCUAGUCGCAAAUAGACUUUAAUUGAAUGUAGGCCUUUAUAUUCUGUAACCUUGACAGUCUUCAGUGAAUUGUCAUUGUUGUAUUAACCCGUGGUUGGUGAAUUUUAUUUGUUAUAUUCU